CUCUGAAGCUCACAUCACAUGCUCCUCCCAACCAGUGUAACGUAACCACCUCCAUCUCAGAAUCCGAACCUCACCACCACCACCACCACCACCACCAAUUCCGGCGACCCUUCCUCCGAAUUCCGGUGACGUUACGCUCUUGACACCGAGAAGGCGAGAUUGAACAUCUGGGUUGUUGGUAAAAUGGUUUCCUUUGAGAUGAAUGACCGAAAAAAGAUUGGAUUAGGAUUAACUGGCUUUGGUAUAUUUUUCUCUGUCCUUGGGGUUAUCUUCUUCUUUGACAAGGGAUUGCUAGCAAUGGGAAAUAUCCUGUUCAUUUCGGGAGUGUCCUUAACCAUUGGGAUGAAAUCCACUAUGCAGUUUUUCAUGAAACGUAGUAACUUCAAGGGAACAAUCUCAUUUGGUAUUGGGUUCUUCAUUCUCAUAAUGGGAUGGCCAAUUUUGGGCAUGAUUGUUGAGGCUUAUGGGUUCAUUGUACUUUUCAGUGGUUUCUGGCCUACACUGUCUGUUUUCGCACAGAAGAUUCCUGUUCUUGGUUGGGUGUUUCAACUUCCUUUUAUCCGAUCGUUAUUUGAUCGCUAUAGAGGCAAACGAAUGCCUGUGUAACAGAGGAAUCUAUUGACACCAUAUGUAACUGCUGGCAAGUGCUUUUGUAAGUUCAUGUAAAGAAACUACUCUCAUGUUGGAGACCUGAAUUGAGUUCACAUUCUGAUGGGAGAAAAUGAUUGUCGUUUUAUCACGAUAAUCAUUUAUUACAAAGAAAAUAGCUUAGGGAAGAGGUUUUGGUUUUAACUUUACUACUCGUUUUGCUCCUUUUGGUUCUAAUGCUAAGUGGAAAAUCAAUCUAUCUUGGGAGUUGUCAAUUCUGCAACUUCCUUUGCAUUACAAUUCCAAUCGGAAAACACAUUUUGGAAGCAUUUCUGCGGUGUAUUAAGGUGGUUGUUUUUGUGUCACAAUCAUCAAAUGGAUAGUGAUUUUAUAUGUUAAGUGGAGCAAUUUGGAACUA